AUGGCCUUUUGGAGCACCGUAUUGAACGCUUCAAGUGAUACACCUUACGGCAGACGACUUGUUUGUGCGGUUAUCGAUGAAAAUGCGGAUCUUUACCCUGAUAAAGUCUGUUAUUCAAUUCCAUACUCUGAGGACUUACGACAUGGCUUCCGCGACGUUAAUUGGCGAACCUACGCCAAUGCGAUUGACAGGAUGGCUCACUUGAUUGAGAAAGAAAUCGGCAGGAGCUCAGUGUUUGCAACAGUGAUGUACCUAGGCUACCCAGAUCUGCGGAAUUUUAUCGUACCCUUAGCACUAAUAAAGACUGGCCAUAAAGUAUUAUUCAGCUCUCCAAGAAACAGCAUAAUUGGCCAUUCUGAGCUUAUCAGGCAGACUGAUUGCAAAAUUCUCUUGCAUACGGCUGGUUUUCCCAUCUCAGGCAUUCUAGAAAAAUGUCCGAUGAAGACAAUUUGCGUACCCGAAUUAGAGUUCCUCCUUACUGCUACGCCUCGUAUACCAUACCCAUACAACAAAUCGUUUGAAGAUGCAAAGAAUGAUCCAUGUUUGAUCGUUCAUACCUCAGGGUCCACCGGUAUCCCCAAGCCAACUGUCUGGACAAACUGGUCGAUCAGUACAACAGAUAACUAUAACCUAGUCGCGCCCCUCGAGGACCGUCCGACGCUGUGGGCAGCGGAUAUAAACAUCAUCAAACGAAACUAUUGCGCUUGGUCUAUAUUCAAUGGCGCAGGACUUGCAGCCAGUAUAAUGAUGACUUGCUUCAGUGGCAAAACCAUCGUAUUAGGACCACCAGAGCAACAGACUACAGUAGACACGUUCAACGACAUGUUGGAUUAUGCAAACAUCGACUCAGCAUGCUGUUUGCCAUCCGUGCUCGAGGAUAUUGCAAGAAGACCAGAUAUCUUGGUGAAGCUAAAUCGGCUGAGAAUGCUAGCUUACGUAGGGGGUUCUAUUCCGUCCCAUGUGGGUGAAACCAUCUACCAACACACACAUUUGUAUACCGUCAUGGGUAGUGCGGAAACCAUCACCAUAGUGCAGCAUGUUACAGAUCGAGAAGACUGGCCAUAUGUUUGUAUAAAUCCUACAUGUAAUGGCAUUGAGAUGCGUCCAGUCGCCGACCUGUUUGAGUUGGUCUACGUCAAAAACCCGCACUUUAUUGGAUACCAGGGUAUCUUCAAAGUGUUCCCAAAGUUACAAGAGUAUUCGAUGCAGGAUCUUUACUCUCGACACCCCACCAAAGCCCAUCACUGGAAAUAUGAGGGCCGCAAAGACGAUGUCAUAGUUCUGAGAAAUGGGUGGAACUUCAACCCUAUGCUUCACGAGCGCACAAUUACGUUACAUCCCUAUGUACAGCGCUGUAUGGUGGUGGGAACGAGCAGAGAGAAGCCAGCAGCUAUUAUCCAGCUCAAGCCGGAGUACUACACGGAUGACGAGAUGAGACAGAAGGCAAUACUCGAAUCAAUCUGGCCUCAAGUAGUCAGAGCGAACAAUAUCUGCGAUGACUAUGGACAAAUCGAACAACGAUACAUCAUUUUUGCAAAAAAGGAAAAGCCAUUCUUCAUCAGUCUCAAGGACACGGUACAGAGAAAAACAACCAUUCAUCUCUACUCGCAGGAGAUUGACGAUCUCUAUGACUCGAUCGCACGUGCCGGCCUCCGCGGACUGUUCCAAACAGAACGCUGA